UGCACAUACCAUCCAGGUGUGCCAGUCUUUCAUGAUGCUCUCAAAGGUUGGUCAUGUUGUAAGAGAAGAACAACAGACUUUUCUGACUUCUUAAGCAUUGUGGGCUGUACAAAGGGUCUUCAUAACAGUGAGAAGCCUCCUGAGCCUGUUAAACCAGAAGUCAAAACUACCUCUGAACGAAAGGAGCUAGCUGAACUGAAACCCAGAUUUCAGGAACACAUAAUUCAGGCACCAAAACCAUUGGAAACAAUUAAAAGGCCAAGCCCAGAUGAGCCAAUGACAAAUUUGCAGCUGAAAGUGUCAGCUUCCUUGAAGCAAGCACUAGAUAAACUGAAGCUGUCAUCAGAAAAUGAAGAGAAAAAAGAGGAAGACAGUGAUGAAAUCAAGAUUGGGACAGCAUGUAAAAAUGCAGGCUGUUCAAAAACGUACGAAGGACCACAGAGCACAGAAGAAGUAUGUAUAUACCAUUCUGGUGUACCUAUAUUCCAUGAAGGGAUGAAGUAUUGGAGCUGUUGUAAAAGAAAAACAUCUGACUUCAAUACAUUUUUAGCUCAAGAAGGCUGCACAACAGGAACGCACGUAUGGACUAAAAAGGAUGAGGGUAAGAAAGUAGUUCCAUGCAGGCACGAUUGGCACCAGACUGGAGGAGAAGUGACUAUUUCUGUAUAUGCUAAAAACUCUGUUCCUGAUCUGAGCUACGUAGAAGCAAAUAGCACAAUGUUAAAUAUCCAUAUCGUAUUUGAAGGAGAUAAGGAAUUUCAUCGCAGUGUGAAACUAUGGGGAGUAAUCGAUGUAAAGAGGAGUUACGUGAACAUGACAGCUACAAAGAUCGAGCUUACUAUGAGAAAAGCAGAGCCCCUAUUAUGGGCAAGUCUUGAAUUACCAGUAUCCAACACACAACAACAAAAAGAGAAUUCAGAUCAAUAAUGAUACCAAGAGACAAGUUAUUUCCCCUUAUGAAGUGGUGACUUGCUACUGUAAUCAAAUAUUUUAACUUUUAUAUAGAGUCAUUUUUUUAUGCUAGAGCAUAUGUUCCAUUAUACAAAGAAAUUUGAUGUACAGUAAAUGGGGGUGUAAACUUGAAGGGUAAUAGCUAUUUCUGCUCUUGCUCCCAUGAGUAUAUUUAUGCUAGUUGAAGUGUCUCCAUGGGGAUCUAGAGUAAAAAGAGCUAUUGCCCUUUGCUUACAAUCUUACCUACCAUGUACUGACUAUCCAAAUAGAUGUGAUCUCAGUCCACUGUGUGUGCUGAUUUUUCAAGUAUUCAGUUUAGACUGGGUCUGCUGGGUGGCACAUAUUAGAUUCAGUACUGUUCAGUGUGAAGCAUCCAGUAACACAGAUACAAAAAUCUGAGUUUAUGAAGUGAUUAGCGUGCAGUUCUACAUCUAGAAUAAAAAGGCACAUAAAUAUCAAAAACCAGCUGUAGACUUGCAAUUCCAUCUUGUGAAACUAAAGUUUCUUUCAAUACUGAUUGGCUGUGGAGGGAUGGAAUAAACAGUAUUUUGCUAAG